GUGAAUACAUGAAACAGCGGGAAUCAAACGAACCGGAUCACAUGCGCGACCCCGAAAUAAUUACUUAUCCAGAGCUGAAUAAAAGUGGCGUGGCCAAAUCUUAGGAUUCCAACAUGUCUUCGAGUAGUGAAAGCCCGAGAGUUAUAAAAGUUGGCACAAGGGAUAGCCAGCUUGCAAUGAUCCAGACAAACUUUAUUGUUUGCAAACUCAAGAAGCUACAGCCAGAACUUUCAGUCGAGCUAGUAUCAAUGAAGACCAUAGGAGAUGAAGUGUUGGACAAAGCCUUACCAAAGAUCGGGGAAACUAAUUUAUUUACCAAAGAACUAGAACUUGCACUAGCUGCUGGGAAGGUUGAUUUCCUUGUCCACUCACUUAAGGAUCUGCCAUCUCUUCUACCUGAAGGCAUGGGUCUGGCAGCUAUUUACUGUCGUGAUGACCCCCGUGACGCCGUCAUUUUUCACGCCAAGCACAAAGGUGCAUCUUUGGCUUCCCUCCCUGAAGGAAGCAAUAUUGGGACAAGUUCUCUUCGUCGAGUGGCCCAGCUGAAAAGAAACUUUCCUCAUCUUAAAUUUGAAAGUAUUAGAGGAAAUCUGAACACUCGGCUAAGAAAGCUGGAUGAAGGUGACAAGUACGAUGCCAUUGUGCUGGCUAAAGCUGGUUUGGACAGAAUGGGGUGGGAAGAGAGGACAGACCAGGUGUUGACUCCUAAGGAGUGUUUAUAUGCGGUUGGCCAGGGUGCCCUUGCAGUUGAAUUGAACGUGUCUGACUUGAAGACCUUCGAGCUGAUUUCUCAACUUUUUGACUUCAACACGACUGUACGCUGUGCAACCGAGAGAUCCUUCCUCAGAACUCUGGAGGGAGGGUGCAGUGUUCCUGUUGGAGUCCACACCGAGCUUAUUGGUGAUCAGUUGACUUUGACUGGUGCGGUGUUGAGCCUGGACGGGUCAGAGUGCAUACAAGAGACAAUGACCAAAGACAUCCCUCCGAUGAGUGACAAGGGAAGUGGCCAGCCCUCUAUGGGCGUCACAUCAAUCCUGGUCCCUGCGCACAUGUGGCCCGCGGUGCAUGCUGGGGAGGAAUUAGGGCAUGCGCUUGCGCAGUCCCUCAUCAAGCAAGGAGCCAAUAGCAUUCUAGCAGCCGCAAGACAGGGAACAGCUAACUAAAAUCUCUUGAUUAACAUUUUUAGAAAUAUUCUGUAUAGAAUAAUAUUUAGUGUUGCCUGCUGGCCUUUUUGGUUGUACUGAUCUUUUAGAGAGUAAUUCAAAUUGUUUACAAGUAAUUUUCUUAUUCUGUUAACUUUAGCAUUUAGAUAAUACGAAAUACCUGCUCAUUUGGAAUUGAAAAUAUCAUGUAAUUUCCCGCUAGUCUGAAAUUUAAUUAAAAGUCGCUCUGUCGGGAUGGGGUUGAGAUAUAUGAGGGAGGAAUCAAAAUAAUUAAGUAUGGUUUAUAUGAGUCACAUAAGGCGGAACAAGUUAGAUUGGUUGUUAAAUGGGACGUUAAAUGAUUGUUAUAUUUUUGGUGAAUUUGUACAUUUGUCGUAAGUCGCAUUCACGUUGUACUUAAAAGACAAGAAAAUAAUUUGUCUCUACCUCUCCUGAACUUCAAAGAAUGUCGUUAAACCA